AUGCGCGUCAUCACCCUCCAGCUCACCGUAUUCCUCGUCCUCUGCGCGCCAGUCUCCGCGCAAUACUACCCCGGCGGGUACCCCGGCGAUGGAAGCUCCGGGGCGUCCCCUGGGGCAGCGUGCACCGCCUCCUCGGAGUGCUGGAACAACAACCCGUGCCUGGGCGGGCGGUGCUGCAGCUUCGGAUCAUAUGAGUACGAGUGCAACAACGACAUGUACGGCUGCCCCAGCUGUAACUCCUGGUGCCAGGGGUACAAGAGCUGCACGUCGUGCGGCGACGAGAGCUACACGGACCCGCGCUGGGGGUACCCAAACCCGGGCCAGUGCAACGCGUGCGGCGAUAAUUUCCGACUGCUCAAGGGUGACGAGGCCGAUAACAUCCACCAGCAGAGCGGCAUGUGCGCGCCCGUGUGCGGCGCGGACCAGUACCUCGAAAACUCCGUCUGCGUCGCCAAGAAAAAGGCUGGGGAGUACUGCUGGGAUAACUACUACUACGGACCUGGAUACGGACCAGGCGGCGAGGAGGAGACCAAGCGCGACAAUCCAAUGUGCGCGAGCGGCAAGUGCGGCGGGCCGUCGAGUAACAAUUACAUGAUGUCGAUGAGCCCGUACUGCUGCGCGGACCCGACGUGCGAGAAGCCGUGCGACCAGGGCACGGGCGCGUGCACGACCAAGUCGAUGCCGGGCGAGGCGUGCUCGACCAAGGACGACUGCUACGGCGAGCACGCGUGCCUGGGAGGGAAGUGCUGCUCGUUUACGCAUUCCGAGUAUGCGCAAUCCUCCAACGACCCGUACAUGUACAUGUACUCGUACAACAACGAGAGGAUCUCCAAGUGCACUGCCUGCGGCGGCACGGACGAGAAGGACAGGUACGGUUCCGAUCGACCGGGGCAGUGCGUCAGCUGCGCCGCGGGGUACAGGCUGUUAACCGGAAAGGAGACGGAUGUCAACAACGGAUGGGAGAGCGGCGUCUGCGGGCCCACGUGCAACUCCACGUCGUACCUCGACGCGGGGAUGUGGCCCAUGCAGUGCGUGCCCAAGACCGACGCGGGCAAGUACUGCUACAACCCCUGGCCGUACUACGACCCAAUGACCGCCUCGGGGGCGGCGAAUACGCAGCCGCCCGAUAACUUCAACACGGGCGGGUUCAUGUGCAAGUCCGGCCUGUGCGGCGGCGGCGGCGCGAACUCGAUGUCGAUGUCGAUGUCGUAUUCGUAUUGCAGCUACGACCCGAUGACCGGCUACGGCGGCGGCGACCAGAACUACUGCUGCAACGACGCGGCAAAGGCGGCGGGGUGCAAGAAACCCUGCGACAAGACCACGGGCGCGUGCACGACAAAGUCCAUGCCCGGCGAGACGUGCGCGAGCUCCGCCGACUGCUUCAACGACCGCGCGUGCAUCGGCGGCCGGUGCUGCGCCUUCGCCGCGUGCGACCACACUCCCGCCGCGCCGCCCCCGGGUGGCUACGACCCCAUGUACCCCGGCGGAAUGUAUUACUACGAGGAUAAGCAGAGGUACCGGUAUCAGAGCUGCAACCAGUGUGGCGACACCAAGGCGAAGGACCACAACGGGCUCGAACGACCGGGCAUGUGCACGUCGUGCGGCGGGGACGAGCGCCUGUUGAUCGGGGACCCGAAGGAGGAGAGCACGUACUGGGACGUGGGUGUGUGCGCGCCCAAGUGCGCCGAGGGUGAGUACUUCGAGGGCGGCAUGUUCAAGUGCACGGCGAAGAACAAGGCGGGGACGUACUGCUGGUCGCACUACCAGUGGGAUCCCAUCACGGGAGAGGCCACGGACAUCGGUGGGUUCAUGUGCACGUCCGGCGUGUGCGGGAGCACGGUCAAGGAUCCGUUUUCGCACAUGGGGUACAUGAUGGGCAACGAGUACUGCUGCAACGCCGACGCCGUCAAAGAGGUGGACGGUCAGUGUUGCGGACGGUGUAAGCAGGGCAGCGGCGAGUGCCUCGAGUGGGAAACGUGCCCGGCGCCACUCUCCGAAGACAUGGCCGCCGCGCAGGCUGCCGCGGCUACCAUCAUCGGUUCGAUCAAGGACGAGAAGAAGAAGAAAAAGGCGGAGAAGCUGACAACCGCGGCGAUUGCGGGGGAAGAUAUCCACAAACUCGCGGGCAAGCUCAAGGAUUCGUCGGGCGAGGGCGCGAUCAAAUCGUUCUACAAGAACGCGGCCAUCGACGAGAAGCACGGCGCGGCGAUCGCCACCUCGCUCGACGGCGGAUGGAACCAGUUUCUCAACCCCGGAGGCCGGAGGAGACUGCUCGCGCAGUACGAACGGAGGUGA